GGUGAGGUGGUUCAUAUCACAGUGCUGACUGCUGGAUAUACUGUGAUAGAGACAUCCAGUAAUGUUCAGUACCAAUGCUACCGCAGUGCACCAGAUGAGGAUGCCUCGUUGUCAUUUGGACGAACUGCACCCAUAACAACAAAUAGAUCACCACCACCAGCAACGGAUCACCCUAAUGAUAGAGAUAUAAUGUUGCUCAAAUUCUCUGAUCAUGGCAAUACUUGGCAUACCGAUGGAUUUGGUCCCUUCUACUGUGAGGCUGCUAAGGCUGCUCGAGAUGUAACAAGGGUCACUACAUUUUUUCAGAGAAGUGAUGCUAAAUUCAUACCAAGUGAUGGAGUGUUUACGAAGACAGUCAAUGUGAAUGACACAGGAGUGGUGAUCUCAAUGACUAAUCGAUACCAACCUGAUGAUAAUGGCAAUGUGAUUACAUGGAGGAAAGAUGGAGGUGAUGUUCUUACACAAUUUGAUGGACAGACCAAUAUCAGCUUCCCAAACCCUAUCCAGAUGUCAGACCAAGGGAUUUAUGAGAUCUAUUAUGAUGACGAGAGACAUCAAAACAGAGGAGGAAUAUACAGACUUAUUGUCAGAGAAUGUCCUGCUGGUAGGUGGGGUCCACCUGAUUGCGAUCGUAUCUGUGAUAACUGCUACAAUGGUGGAGUCUGUGAUGAUAAAUCUGGUCUUUGUAUCUGUCCUAACAACUUCAUGGGAAAACAUUGUUUAGAAAUUUGUCGGGAGGAUGGUGGAAAUCGUUUUGGAUUAAACUGCAAUUUUAGGUGUUCGUACAGAUCAGCAGAUGGAAGUACGUGGUGCCAUGGAAAUCUGUUUUGUCUGCCUGAUCCUUAUGGAUGUUCAUGUGAUGUGGGUGCUCAUGGUCAUGAAUGCAAUACACCAUGUGAUGUUGGCACAUAUGGUCCAGGGUGCUCACAAACAUGUCACUGUGCUAAUGUAUCAUCAUGUGACCCUUUUAGUGGAAUAUGUACUACAGGUGGAUGUCAGUCUGGCUGGUCAGGGAACAAUUGUCAAAAAUGUGAAGGAGGUAGGUUUGGUCUGGAUUGUCUUCAGCAAUGCCACUGUGCUCCAGAAGCCUGUGAGAAACAGACAGGACUGUGCAAAGGACAGUGUAUUGAUGGCUGGAUUGAACCAUACUGUCAAAGAAUAUCACGCUAUGAAGUAUUAAGAGUGAAUCCAUACCAACCAUCAAACAUCACGUGUUAUGCUGAGGGGAUCCCAAUUCCUGAUGCCUCAUCAGUUGAUCUUCGUCGGCGUAUUGAUACCAACACUUACAACAUCACAGGAAUCACCAAGCAAUCAAGCUCUGUAUUAGGGUCAGAACGGGCUGUUGUCUUUGACAUUGAAAGUGUGUAUCCACCAGAAGAUGGGGAAUAUGUCUGUGGUCUUAUUGUAAAAGACCAGUUCUACCCAACAAGCAUUACUAAUGCAACUUAUGUUCUCCCAGUCAUAAGGAUGGCUCCAUCUAUUGUCAGCAGCACUUCAUCUACAGUAUCUCUACGAUGGAAUGCCUGGUCUGCAGGAAAAGACAUUGGUGAUCCUCCCCUUAUAGGAUAUGAUGUAUUUGUAAGGAAAGAUGGUAACUGGGAAGUGGAUCAGAGAGUAGCUGACUCUAGCACUUCAGCUACUGUUAGUAACUUGACUCCUGACACAGACUACAUGUUUCGUGUUGCAGCCGUGAGGGAAGGAGAGGGUGGAACAGGACCUUGGUCUCCAAGGAAUGAGACAAUCACUCUUUGUACAGCACCAAGGUCUCCCCCAACAGGAAUACUGGUGACAGCUAACAAUCCUAAAGAACUAAAAGUGACAUGGAAGUUCCUCUCUUUGGAAUCAGCAAACUGCAGGAGUGGUGUGACCCAUUAUAUGAUCUACUAUGCUCUCUCUGGUUCAUCGUCCACAAACUCUAGCAUAGUUUCUAAUGAUACACGCUCCUAUACGAUAUCAGGUUUAGAGACCUAUCUGGACUAUACCAUUCAGAUAAGUGCUUCAAAUAAAGAUGAGGAAGGUGACAAGAGCAGGGAGACGACUGGCAAAACACUGGAAGAAGUUGCACCUCCACCCAUCAAUCUGUCUAUACCAACGAGUACCACCAGUACCUUCACUGUUACAUGGUCCACUCCGAUACCGGCUAACCUGAACGGCGACAUCCAGAAGUAUGUCAUCCGCUACCAGCAAACCGAUCCACCAACUGCUGAUAACUAUACGUUGGAGGAAGAUACAGACAGUGUGCUUGAGUAUACCGUUGAAGGCCUGCAAGCAGAAACCAAUUACUCAGUGCAGGUGCAGACUGUGAAUAGAGCUGGUUCUAGUGAUUGGUCUGAACGUGUUAAUGCUAAGACAAUAAAAUCAGGGGUAACGCCUGGUCCGGCAGUAGCACCAAUAGUAGGGGGUGUGAUGGGUGCUUUCAUUAUAAUUGCUCUCGUCGUCAUUCUCAUCUUUGGCAUUCUUCGAAAAAGAAGAAACCAAGAAGAGCAGAAUUCAAUGCCAAAUAAUAAGACAAAUGGUGUUCCAGCCGUCAUAUACGAAAACCAAGAGAUCGUGGACCAGAACAAGGCAUGCGAUAGCUUCUUGUAUGAUAAUGUGGCUAUCGAGAAGGACACCUACUUGUAUGAAGGAGUUGACAUCGUACCUGCAACAGGCUCAACCUCAAAACCAGCCAUCCAACCAAGGGUGGAAUCCAAAAAUGUAAAUGGCAAGCCAGUGGCUGUCGUACGACCCGAGAAACCUGAACCCAAGGAAAGGCCUCCACCGCAACCAAAGCCGUUUGCUGUCUAUGCCAAAGAGAAAGCCGACAUCAACCUCCCCAUUAAUGAUGCUAACCAUUAUGAGGAACCGGGGAAGAAGAGCGACAAGCCGACGAUUGUGCCCAGAGACCGAUCAAGGAGUCAGGAGAAUCUUGAAGAAAGUGAGGAGCCAGGAGGGGAUAUUUACCAGAAUGUGGCAUCUGUAAAAGUGAUCUUGGCGACAGACCUUGAGGAAUAUGUGAAGGACAAGAAACGUGGACAGACCAAUGAAUUGGCUCAGGAGUUCAGUCUUAUCAGUGUGAACCAAAUACAUCCUUGGACAGUUGCAUCCAAAGAGAAGAACAAGCCUAAGAAUCGCUUCAGGAAUAUCAUCGCAUAUGAUCAUUCUCGUGUUGUGAUAGAGAAAGUGGAUGGUGAUCCUCACUCGGACUACUACAAUGCUAACUACAUCAAUGACUUCAGAGGAGACAGAGUCUUCAUUGCAUCACAAGCACCUAACACAGCAUCCUUGACUGCUUUCUGGAGGAUGCUCUGGCAAGAGAAUGUUGCAACAAUCAUCAUGGUUACCAACUUGAUUGAAUCAGGAAAGGAUCGUUGUAGGCAGUACUGGCCCAAGAACCCAAGAACCGUUGAAGUAAUUGGUGACUUCUCCCUCUUCUUGGUAGAGACUGAACAAUUUUCAGACCACAUUGUGCGGACUGUUAUGGUUAAAAGGACUGGAGAUGGACUGGAUGAUGAUGAUGCAGAUGAGGAGAAGAGAACUAUUACGCAAUACCAUUACCUGUCUUGGCCUGAUAUGGGUGUGCCGGAGCAUUAUACCACCCUCAUCAAUUUCACCGAGUCUGUCAAGAAACAUCAUAGGAGGCUGCAAUCUGCAGGCCAUGAAAGUCCUAUGCUUGUUCAUUGCAGUGCUGGCGUUGGGAGGACAGGAACCUUCAUAUGUCUCUACAACAUGCUUGAUAUGAUGAGGGAAGAAGGCAAGAUAGACAUCUUUGGCUUUGUCUCAAAGAUGAGAGACAACAGGUUCAAGAUGGUCCAGACAAAGGAGCAAUAUAUCUUCCUGUACAAUGCCUUGUUGGAGGUCUACCUGAGUGGUGACACCGAGAUACCAGUUGCCAAAUUCAGAGAGAAGAUGAACACCCUGCACAGGGCCAACUCGGUAACAAAGAAGGAAAAUAUUCAGGUAGAAUUUGAGACUCUUCAUGCGUUGACUCCAACACCGGCUGCUAAUAGCUUUCGAAGUGGCAGGGCCUCCAUUAAUCAAAAGAAGAACCGUUUUCCUGACAUUUUGCCUCUGGAGCGUAACAGGCCAUAUCUUGCAUCCGCUGGGUUUGCUGAUAGUACCGACUUCAUCAAUGCUUCAUUCAUGAAUACCUUCCUGAAGAAGGAUGUGUUUCUAGCCACCCAGUCUCCUUUACCUAACACAGUGGUUGAUCUGUGGAGACUUGUAUUUGAUUGGAAGUGUCCAGUCAUUGUCAUGCUCAAUGAAUCGGAUAGGGAUGACUGUGUCCAGUACUGGCCAGAAGAGGGCAGCAUUGCCUUUGGAUCACUGGAGGUGACCGCUCUGGAAUCGGAGAGUACAAUGAACUUUGUAAAGAGGAAUCUAAGCCUUUCCAAUGACUUUGGAGAGAGUAUGACCAUUGAACAUUUUGAGAUGCUAGGAUGGGGUAUGUCACACAACAAACCAGACUCUCCUUUAUCUUUGAUUAAACUCAUCGAAGCUGUUGAGGGCAGCAUUAAGAAGGCAGAGAGCAAGGGACCGGCUAUUGUCCAUUGCAUAAACGGUAUUGGCCGCAGUGGAGUGUUCUGUGCUUUGUGGUCCAUUAUGGAGAAACUGAGGAAAGAUAAUACCAUAGACAUCUUCCAAGCCGUCAAGAGACUCAGAUCAAGCAGACCUAACAUGGUUGAAACAUUGGAUCAGUACGAGCUUUGCUAUGAUGUCGUUAAUCAACAUUUGCAUCAGUUUGAGGAAUACGCAAAUCUGGACGUGCUGUAAAUCCAACGAUGAACUCUGUCAUUAGGCCCAGGGUUAUUUUCUAAAUCAAAGACACAAGUCGUAUGUUUAUGUGCAUUGUUUUGUGAUGGCCUUUUCUUGAGACACUGUGUAACCUCUUCAUUCACCUACACAGCACGUACAUCAGAGAAUGAAGAGGAAACAUGAUCUCCGCAGACUCGAGAUGGGUAACUUACCUCCAGACCCAUUAACACAAAGCCUAGCGAUUGAUUAAUUAAGAUAAAUUUUGUAUAGAAAAAGAGAACAUUAUGAUCAUUCCAGAUAUUUACAUAAAUCUGUCCUAAUAA